AUGUCGGCACGGUUAACAUGGAGGAUUGAGAACUUUACGAGGCUGAAUACCAGGAUGCUAUACUCUGAAAGUUUCUAUGUUGGAGGAUACAAAUGGCGCGUGCUUAUAUUUCCAAAGGGAGACAAUGAUGCGGACCAUUUGGCGAUCUAUUUAGAUGUUACGGAUUCAGCAACUUUGCCAUAUGGGUGGAGUAAACACAUAUGUUUCAGCCUUUCUGUGACCAAUCAUAUUGAUAACCAGUCCACAGUAAAGAAAGUAACUCAACACCUGUUCCAUUCAGGAGAAGAAAGUGAUUGGGGUUUCACUUCAUUCAUGCCUCUUAGCGAACUGUAUAACCCUGGUAGAGGUUUUAUCGUGAACGAUACAUGUGUAAUUGAAGUUGAUUUUCCCCACUUCCCUUCCGUUGAACUUAAGGUUGAGGCGGCGAAGGCUGCCUCGGCCAAAGGUGAAACUCCCAAGUCUUCUCAAGGGGAUAUCGAUGGGAGCACUAGACAGACUACUUCUGGUAUCGAUACAAUCCUUCUUCAUAGUGAUACCUUGGACCCUCCUCCCGCCAGUAAAUCAGACACCACAGCGAUCAAGACUUCAGUCCCACCAAUUGUUGAAAAGGAAUCAAUGGUUAAUUCCCCUCAGUCCCAAGUUCCGGAGGUUGAGUUGACGAGUACUCCUCCAAUGGAUGAUCCUCUUGAGUCAGCUUCAUUUGAUGACGUGGAUGACUAUAUCUUUGUAGAGACUGAUGCACCCUUUGACUCCAUUACUGAAGGAUUGGUUGCAGCCUCUACACCUCAAUCAACUAUUGAUGAAGCCAAAAAAUUCUUUAUAAAGAUGCUAUCUCGGGACCUAUCAGAAAUUCCUGAUUUUGCUGCGCACAUUACAAAAUCCAUCUGUGUCUUGUCAGAGUGCUGUGACCUUACUUCAGCCCAGCUUGCACAGUUGAAAACCCUUAAGGUCGAUUUUCCGACAGUUCUCAAAUCUUUGACUUCUAACCAUUCUUUGAAGGAGGUUGAGGAAAAAGUAGCAGAAAAGCAAGGAACAAAGAAGUCUUUGGUUGAGCAAAUAAAGAGUAACGCAUUCGCACUCCAAAUGCAGAGGGCUAUUCAGAAGGGCCUGAUCGCAAAGGAGGCCGAGCUUCAACAAGAACUGGCAAAGAUCUUUGAGAAGAAGAAAAGUGCUGAGAAAGAGAUCGAGCAACUGCACGAAAAGAUGGUUAAUCUAGAACAGUCUAGGUCCUCUGUUCUUGAGGAGAUCGCAACUCUUGAGACCGAGAAGACGAAUUGGGAGAGCUCUUUGUCAUGGGUCCAGCAAAAGUGGACUGAGCUUAGGCACAUAUUCAUGGAACCAAACAAUUAA